CUUCAUGUGUGAAAAUUAACAGGUCCACGAAAGAUAGCUUAAGGUAAGGCAAAAAGAUAUUCAAGCCUUAUCGUUAACUAGAUAUGUCUGUGCUGCAUUUCCUUUCUCCCCUCAUGAUCCAGAUAAUAACCUUUUUCUCCAUCUCCAGCCCAUGAGCAUUCGCCGUGUCUCCACGUUCUCCGAUACUUCUCUCUCCUGCUAUCUAUUCUUCCUCGGUCAGAUCUUCGCCACAGGUUUCUGCCCAAACGCUAUCAAUCGCUCCCCUCCAUUUCAAUUCUUUGCGAAUUCGCCAUGACUAUCAGUGACAUUGUCUCCGAUCCCUCGUUGCUACCCGUGUUGCGUACCUGCGCCGAGACGAGGGAACAAUGCGAGAAGCUUUUAUCCUUGUUAGAUCCCACGGCACGGUCUCCUUCCUCCGACCCCGAAGAGGCGCUUCUGGCUGCCUCUAAACAGCAGAAGCAGCUUUUUGCCCUUCUAGCCCAGCUUCGUGGUCAGAGUCGGGAUGCUAUUCUGCGGGUCCGCCAGACAAAACAACUUACGGCAGAAGCUCGGCAAGAGAUCGAUCGGUUACAUCUGCAACUGCAGAAUCUGUAUUAUGAACAGCGGCAUCUGACUGGAGAAAUUGCUGCCUGUGAAUCAUAUGAUCACAAAUACCUGUCCCUGCCAUUGAUCCCUGUGGAGGAGUUUCUUGCCCUUCAUCCCGAACAGACCGACCUUGACUCACACGAACUUAUGAUUGCACGCAUUAAUCACGAACAUGCCGAGCGGGAGAAGCUCGAACAGGCGCGACAGGAGUUUCUGAAGCGCAAGCAAGCUCUGAUUGCAGAGAACAAAAAGCGGAAAGACGACCUGGCUAGCCUGGACCAAGAUCUUGAACGGUUCAUUGAUGCAGCAAAACCGAUCCAAAAAAUCUUCGAGAAGGAAUACUAGGCGUGGGACUCUCUUCAUUUACUUCCUUUCUUCGUUGUCGUUUUUUAUUCAACAGGCGCAUACUCUGAGAUACCCGGAAAUUUGUAUUAUAAACUCCUAGGAAAAGGGACUUUGCUGCAUGUAAUCUACAUCAUUGUCUUGAGUAGUGGCAUCAUGAGUCCUCAAUUCAUUUAUGC